AUGAGGCUUGUUGAGAACAGCAAAGAGGCUUAUAGAAACCUUACUGUCAUCGCUUCUGAUAGGUCCAGUGAGUACAACGGCGUUGUACCUACGCCGAUCAGCUGGGCAACUAUGGUUGCGAAGAAGACACUGAAUUUGAAAAAGGGCCACGCCAAGCCCAACCCAGCAGAGAUCCGUGCGGAAACCCGUCGCUUGCAAGGUCUACUUGUUUCAUACGAAACUCUUGCAGAGGCCAGUCAACCAUCUACCUAG